AUGCGUACACUGCUGGCUGUGCUGUGCGCAUGGCUGCUUGCGCUCGGCGUGCACGCCAAGACGACAAUGACAGUCGCACGCAAGGAGCUGCUCUCGACAGGGCACGUCGAAGUGCUCAAUGGCACUGCGGGGGCGCUGGCAUUCGCCUUCUACCUCACUGCGCCGGCCGACUUGCAUUACGCAAUUGUCGACUCUGGUCGUGACGCCUUGCUCGCUGAAGACAUCAAGGCCGCGGCCAUCGGCAACGCGUCGGCAAUGGGCGUCGUCGCCGCGAGCACCCUCGUGUCCGAGACGGCGCAGCGCUUGCGCUGGUCCGUGUCAUCGCUCACGCCCAACGCCUCGUACGACGUGUACUUUGUCGCAGAAGUGUCCAAGAGCAAUGGCGUCUUUGGCACGGUCGUGUCGGUCAACGGCACACGAACGCACCCGGACGCGCCGCUCGUGCGCGUCCUCGACCACUGGGCUCAGCAUGCGACGACAACCAUGGCCGCGCUCUCCAUCAACGUGACGUUUCCGGGGCUCUUGCACUACGUCGUCGUUCCCGUCGAGGCCAGUCAGAACUUAUCGUCGCUCGACAUUUGGCACAACAUGACGGGCGCGACGCGCAGCGCGUAUAUCGCCAACGGCACGCUGGUCAACAUUACGCAACUCGCGCCGUUCACCACGUACGAUGUGUGGUACGUCGCUGAAGUCGACGGCAGCCACGGCGUGCUCAGUGCACCGGGGUACAUUGAGCACGCGUUCACGACGUUUGCGGUCGCGCCAAGCCUCGGACGCCUCCAGUGCGCGCCGCUGGACGCGUCCACCUCGAGCAUCCAAGUCACCUUCCGCCUCGAGUUUCCUCGCGUUGCGUUCGAGAGCCACAAUGUGCGAGCGUCGUUGAAAGCGCUCCAGUACCACAUCCACUACAUCGCGAAUAGCGACGACGACGCGGUGUUUGCAGACGGGCGGGCAAUCACGUCGGCUGCCAACUCGACGACGCAGUCCGUCGGGACACUUGGGUUCUCGCUCCCGACGCAACCCACCGAUUCUGCGGACCUCGUCUCGGCGACCGCGACGUCGGUCGACGUUGCUGUCAACGUCUCGUCGCUCAACGUCGGGACGACAUACGCGCUGGCGUUUGUGCUCGAGACGGUGCAGAGCGACGGCGUCUUCAGCAAUGUCGUGGCGACCUCGGGCAUGUGUGCGACGCAUGCGACGGCGCCGCGUGUCGACGCGGUCACCGUCAUGGCCCAAAACACCACGACGGACGUUUUGGUGGCGACCGUGACGCUGGACCAUCCGGGCGACGUCCAUUUCGUCAUUGGGCUGCCUCGCGCGUUUCGCGAAGUGCCACUUGGAGUGCAGUCGCAGCUGGCGCCGUACCUCACCACGUACAAUGCUUCGUUCACGCACUUGACGGUGCACGCGUUGACCAAUGUCAGCGCCCCGAUCGGCACGCUGCUCGACGUGCACACGCAUGCCAACCAGUCGUACACCGUUCAGUUGGCGUUGGGCGGUUGGGAGGCGUCGACAACAUACGGUCUUCUCGUCUUUGCCGAGACGAGCGACAGCCAUGGCGUCUACAGCGCGCCGUUUGCCAACGUCGAGGCGCGCACGCACGAGCGCGCCGGUGACGUUACCGUGGCCGCGUCCAGUCCUGUACGCAGCUCGACGUCCCAACUCGAGAUCCACGCAUCGUCGUCGGACCGCCGCGAUAUGCUCCGUGUUUGCUACACGAGCGAUAGCAAUCGCACAAUGAAAGAUCACUGCACCGAGCUGCCGUCGACUGGCAUUCUCGGAAACCUCUCGGCCGACACGCUCUACGAUGUUCAAGUGCACUCCGUCACGGCGUAUGGCGUCGAGAGCGACCGCGUGGUUCUGGCCCCGCUGCGCACCCACGCUACCGCACCCACGGUCGAGGCUUUGACGCUGCGGCACCGCCCCGGCGUCGCGUCCGUCCUCGACGCGAGCCUCACGACGACCGCGGUGGGCUUUGUGCAUUCGUUGAUCGUGCCGACGACCGAAUGCGACGAUUGGACGCUACCGUCGAAAGAGGCACUCCUAAUGCAUCCCAAGCGGCGCGUGGAGCUGCCACGUCAUGCGCGGACGUCGUUGAAUUUGGAAAACUUGGAGCCCAACACAUCGUACUCGCUCUUCGUGCUCCUCGAGACUGCGUACGCGGGCAACACGUCGUCCGAGGUCUAUAGCGACUCUCUCGCCGUGCAAAACCUCACAACAUUCGCGCUGGCGCCAACGAUUUUGCAGUCGGUUGUGCUGCCCGUGAACGCGUCGGUCGAUUCGAUCGUCAUCACCGCCAACCUCUCGUCGCCCGGGCGGGUGCACUACAUGGUGAGCGACAUCGACUUUGACGACCCGGCUGUGCUUCGGACCAGCAACGUUGUCCAGCCGAACGUUCGCCGAGGCUUCUUUGACGUCACUGAGCGCAUUUACGAAGCGCGCAAUGCUACGGUCCACGGCGUCAACGUCACCGAGUGGCACCCGCUUGACGUUUACAACAACACGGUGACGCUCGAGGCGCUCGCCAGCGCCACGUUGUACCACGUCUACUUGGCGACCGAGACGUUUCACUCGGACGGCGUCUUUGGCGUCGGGCUGCCGCCGCCCCAUGUGGUCACGACGCAUGCGCCGCCACCGACGUUCGACCUGCUGCGCGUGACGCCGUCGGUCGGCACCGCGACGUCGAUCGAGCUCGAACUUGGCCUCUCGUCGUUUGGCAACGUGCACUACAUUCUACUCCACCGGGGACUCUACGUGGUGCAAGACACGCGCAAUGCCACCGAGAUGCCAGCGAACGAGACUUGUCCGAUCAGUGCACUGGAGGUGACGACGCUGACCGCCAAUGACGUCAAGGCCGCGACGCUCGACCGCCUCGGGCUCGGGGUUGUCGACAACGGCACGCUCUCCGUGUCGCGCGACGACUGGCAAAAGCACCACGGCGCGUCCAAAACGUUUAAAUCGCUGCGUCCCGGAUCUCUCUACGAGCUCUGCGCGGUGCCGGAGACUGACGCGAGCGAAGGUGUCUUUGACGCUGUCGUGUGCACGCCCGUGCGCACGCACGCCGACUACACCAACCUCUCUCUAGCGUACGACGUACUCUCAGCGUCGCCCAUCGAUGGGACGACGGAUGGUGUGCUUUUGACGUGGCAAAUGACGUGUCUACGUGACUGUGGCCGGGAUCCCUACUUUGUCUUGACGAGCGACGCCUUUGGCGGCCGAUCGGACCUGCACCUGCCACGGGACACACCUUUUCACCGCGUGGCGCCCGGACAGCAGAGCGUCGUGGCCGCCGGGCCCAUGCAACUGUCAAACACGGUGGCAAGCGACGCUAGUGACGCGGUCGUCGUCACGUACCACGCCGAAAUCCGUCAUUUGCAGCCGCAUGCGUCGUACCAUGCGUUUUUUGCGGCCGAGACGCAGGGCAGUGACGGCGUCUUCUCGACGGUCAACGCCAACUUCAACGCCACGGCCACCACCACGGUGGCUGUGACAACCCAUGCGCUCGCGCCGCGGCUUCGGGCGUACCGGGCCGAGCCGACGUACGGCAACACGACCGGCAUCGACGUUGUCGUCGACUUGGACGGUGUCGAGGAUGGCGCGAUUGUCCAUACGCUUGUGACGCCGGCCAACUGCGCCAUGACAAACCCACGCUGUGUACUGUUGAACGAGACACAUGACGUGGCAGCGCCGCAGCGCGAAGUGAAAGACCAUGUUCUAUUUCUCGAAAACGGACUAUUGCUAGCGCCCAAUACGUCGUACGAUGUGUUUAUUGCAACCGAGACGGUCGGCAGCCACGGCGUCGUGUCGAUGUGGCGUCGGACGUCCGUGCGAACCCACCCACCGGCCCCGCGGUUCACAAGCGUCACCGCCAAGCCCAAGGCAGCGUCGACGACCGAAUUGGAGCUCAGUUUCGCCUUGUCCGCGCCUGGCGUUGUGCACUUUAUGGUCAGCGACGACAGCGAACACAUUGAGGUGGCGUCGGUCUACAACGUAAGCGCCAAGAAACCGCGCGGUAGCAACGACGACUGGCACCGGUACGGAUACGAAAAAGUCAAGUGGCGUCGGUCGGUGCCGGCGUCGACCACGCUGCAUACCGAGCUGCUGCAGCUGCUGGUGCAAAACACCAACUACUCGCUGCACUUGGUCGUCGAGACGAACGGCGACGCGGGGAUCUACGGCCCCAUCACGGUCCUCCGCAACAUUUCGACGUUUGGCCACGCGCCUUUGCUUCUCGCCCACGAGGCGGCGCCGACGCCAGCGUCCACGUCCCAGCUGCGCUUGCACUACAAGCUCAACACGCACGGCGUGCUCCACUGUCUUGUCACAAUGGCCUCGCGCUGGCGGCCCACGGCGCCUGACGUCAUCUAUGGCAACGUUCUCGGCUUGGACCAGACCAUCGUCGCACAAAAGAGUCUGCUCGGUGACGCGGGGACGUUUGACGUCGAUGUGCCCUUGGCUAACACGACGUACGACGUGCUGCUCGUGACCGAGACGGUGGGCAGCCACGGUGUCUACGGCACGGUCGCGCGCCUCGACGCGAUCAAGUCGUCGGACGUGGCGCCGGUCGUCGACCGGGUCAACGUCUCGGCCACCGACGCCCGCAACGACGCUCUCAAUGUGCACGUUGUACUCAACACGGUGGGCAUCAUCCACUACUCGCCGGCGCGCAAGCUUGCGACGCCAACGAGUGACCGCACCAAGACGCAUGUGCUCGGGAACGCAUCGAUGCUCGAGGCAACGUUGCUCGUCGACGGCCUAGCGGAAGGCACGCUGUACGAUAUCUACAUUCAAACCGAGACACUCGGGAGCUUUGGGGUGCUGGGGCCGCUGCUGCGGGUGGACAAUGCUGUGCCGACGCAUGGCCCACCGCCGCUGAUUCUCGAAGAAGUCGAUUGCGCCUACGCGCCGGCCUGCGACGCUUUGGGCCGUGAACCGUGCUUGGCUGUCACCAACACCUGCGGUGAGUGUCUCAUCGGCUUUGUGGGCGAGAGUGGCGCUCACAACACGGCGUGCACGGAACCAUCCCAAGACGCGCCCAAGCCUCACAAAGUGAAAAAGUCGAUUGGCAUCAAGAUUAGCAGUGUCAAGGCCCACACCGAGCCCAAGUCGGGGGAGUCGCCACCGGCGUCCGUCGCGUCUGUCGGCGUCUCGUCCGUCAGUGUCGCACCGGUCGACGCAGCGCCGAUGCCGUCUGCAGACCCGCUACCGGCAGAUGUUCUACCUGGCGCAGCAAUGACAGCGGAACUGUGUCCUGACCACGCCCACGCGUCGCUCACCAACGCCGGCGCCUGCGAGUGCGACGACGGCUACCUCCUCGACAAUGGCGUGUGCACGUCCUUGUGUCCGCCCAACUCGUUUCCAUCCGGACCGGGCAAGUGCCAGUGCGACCCGGGGUUUGCGCUCGAUGCGCUCGGGACGUCGUGCGUCCUCGCCACCACGAGCGGUCUCGUCGGCAUUGGGCUUGGCUCGUAG